AUGGGCGUUGUUGGAGGAGCUGUAUUGGUUGUUUACCUGAGCCCAACAGUUCGCGAAUAUGCUAUUGAGGCUGCACCGCACUUGAAACCCUAUAUACAGCAGGUUGACGAUUUCGUUGCUAAAUAUAAACAGAAAAUGAGCUCAAUUGAACUACCAAAGAUGCCUACGUUACCAUCCUUUUCUUCCUCCGACCAUAAAAGCAGUCUUGAAGCGUUUUCUACCGGCGUCAAUAUUAGUCCCAGUUUCCCCUCUGCAUCAGAUGUGAGUCGUCAAGUUGCUGCAAUUCCUGAACAUCUUCAGGAUGUACAAGUCGACAUCAAAACUGCCAUACGAAACUCCAAGAAGGCAGCCCAAGAAGCCCUUGACGACAUUCAUCGUCUACAAGUCGUCAUCGAAAGUUGCAUAAGUGAUUAUCAGAACCCAUCGCGGAAGCUUGGUUUUGCAAAUUUGGAUGGCGACAAGUUGGAAGCGGCUCAGCGCAAAGCCAAGGAGAGCCACCAAGUCGCACAGUACGGGUAUUCUCUGUGCUCUCACACUGCCUAUUUGUGCAGUGAAAAAGGUGGUCCUUCGGUGUCCUGUCGGGAAAGAAAACUUCAUUUGGCGGACCAAGUCAGCGGUAGCCAGCUGCGUAGAUACUUACCGCAGCAUCUCUCGCAACUUCGAUCAGCCCUUGACUCUGCCAAGUCGUCAGUUUCGGAACAAAAUCAGGAUUUGAUAAAAGCAGCUAUUGCUAGCUAUGGAGAUCUUGCAUAUGACCUCUCCAGUGCCGUUACUGAGGCAUCGUCUACCAACUCAGCACAUGAAUUUCUACAUAAACUCAGUGAAGGUGUAGUUAGAAGUGGGGACCUUUCCACGGCCAUCGGCAAUGGCCGCCCUCUGCUCGUGACCACGUUCUACCCAAGCGGUAUUUACGGUGCCAAGACUUUCGCACAGGUGGAAGGCCACCUUUUGCAGACAGCCUUUGGCAUUUAG